AGUUCAGGGGUCAGUGCUUCCUCUGAAAACCUACUGGAUGGAUUUCCAGAGCUGGUUUGCCUUCCCUCUUGGGAUACUGCUAUGCUGUACUCUUCAGGCAUCUGCCAUUCAACUUCCUGCAUCUGAAAACUGCACCAGCAAUGGUCAAAGAUUAUCCUUCAGCCAUUCCUACAAGAUUGACCUGCCCACAUCCUCCCAGAUCAAGGUAGAGGCGGAUCCAUUGCAGCACGAAGGCAGCAGUGGGGUGCAGCUAGAUCCUGGUGAGGCUGAGGAAAAUGAAGAGCAGGAUAUCAUCUUUAGGCACAACAUCCAUGUGCAUGCACCCAAAGCGAGCUGUGAAACUCUGGCCCAUGUUAAAGAUCUUCUUGAGAGGAUGGAGAAGCUAGAGAAAGAAGUUGCAGAACUGAGAGAAAUCUGCAGCCCUCAGAAGUGCUGUGGGGGAAGCCAGGGUGUCACACAGUGCAGCGGUCACGGGAUGUUCCUCUAUGAGACCUGCAGCUGUAAGUGUGCAGAGGGCUGGGAGGGCAGUGACUGCUCCCGCCCCACCUGCCCCAACCUCUGCAGUGGCCACGGGCACUGUGAUGGCGGGAGGUGUAUCUGUGAUGAGCCUUAUUUCAGUGAGGACUGCAGCCAGCAGCUCUGUCCUGAGAACUGCAGCGGCAAUGGGAUCUGUGACACAGCUAAAGGGGUCUGCCUGUGCUAUGAGGAGUUCAUCGGAGAGGACUGCAGCGAGAAACGAUGUCCCGGGGACUGCAGUGGCAAUGGGUUCUGUGACACAGGAGAGUGCUACUGCCAUGAGGGGUUCUUUGGCCCUGACUGCUCCCAGGUGCUUGCUCCUCAGAACUUGCAGCUGCUGAAUGCUACAGAGGAUUCCAUGGCUGUCAGCUGGGAUCAAAUGAUUGAUGUGGAUAAUUACCUCAUCAGCUAUUACCCAGUGGGGCAUGAGAUACUGGAGAAACAAGUCCAUGUGCCCAAAGAGCAGCUCAGCUAUGAGAUUACAGGUCUCCAUCCUAGCACCACAUACAAUGUCACACUUCGUCAUGUGAAGAAGGGGAUUGCCAGUGAGCCCGUGCAACUAGAAGCAAGUACAGUCCCAUCUGCACUCAGUGCCAUCUGGGUGACGGAGGAGAUGGAGUAUUUCCUGGAAGUAGAGUGGGAGAACCCACCAACAGAUGUGGAUUAUUACAAGUUGAAAUUCAGAUCCCUGGUGGGCAUGGAUGAGAAGCAGGUCAUGGUGCCCAAAAGCAGUGACCCCAAGAGCAGACACAUCAUGACUGGCCUAAAACCUGGCAUGGAGUAUGAGGUUACUGUCAUACCUGUGAAAGAUGAUACAGAGGGUAAACCAUCCUCAGUGAGUGGCAGGACAGGAAUUGAUAGCCCAACCAAUGUGGUGACAGAUCGAGUGACGGAGGACACAGCCACUGUCUCAUGGAAUAAAGUUCAGGCUCCCAUAGACAGGUACAUGGUGAGAUACACCUCAGCUGAUGGAGACACCCGGGAAACAGAGGUAGGCAGUGAAAACAGCAUCAUCACCUUAUUGAAUCUGAAGCCAGGCAUGGAAUACACCAUCCAUAUCUGGGCAGAGAAGGGACCCCACAGGAGCAAGAAAGCCAGCACCAGAGCUCUGACAGAGAUUGACAGCCCCACUAAACUGUUGACUGAUCAAGUGACAGAGAAUGCAAUCACAGUUUCCUGGAACAAAGUCCAGGCUUUAAUAGACAGAUACAGAGUGAAUUACACCUCAGCUGAUGGGGAUACAGAGGAGAGAGAAGUGGAGAAAGACAAGAAUAUCACCACCUUGGCAGGACUGAAGCCAGGCAUGGAGUAUGUUAUUCACAUCUGGGCAGAAAAGGGAGAACAACAGAGCAAGAAGGCCAGCACUGAGGCUGUGACAGAAAUUGACAGCCCCACUCACCUGGUAACUGAUCAAGUGACAGAGGACACAGUCACCAUCUUCUGGGACAGGGUUCUGGCUCUCAUAGAUAAGUACGUGGUGAAUUACACCUCUGCCGAUGGUGAUACUGAGGAGAUAGAAGUGGGGAAGAACAAGACUGCCACAACUCUGGUAGGACUGAAACCUGGCACUGAAUAUGUCAUCUACCUCUGGGCAGAGAAGGGAGUGCGGCAGAGCAAGAGAACCAGCACUGAGGCAGUGACAGAAUUGGACAGCCCAAAGAAUCUGGUAACUGACCAAGUGACAGAAGACUCAGCCACAAUCUCCUGGGAUAGCGUCCGAGCUCCCAUAGAUAGGUAUAUCGUGAGCUACACUUCUGCUGAUGGGGGCACCAAGGAAAUAGAAGUGGGGAAGGCUGAGAGCAUUACAACUCUGACAGGACUGAAAGCAGGCAUGAAGUACACCAUUCAUCUCUGGGCAGAGCUGGGAAGCAUGCAGAGCAAGAGGGCAAGCACUGAUGCGCUGACAGAGAUUGAUCCUCCCAGGAACCUCCAUGUGUCUGAUGUGACUCAGACUACUGGUGUAGUUACCUGGGCUCCUCCUGCAGCACAGAUUGAUGGCUACACUCUGACCUACCAGGGUCAAAAUGGCACCAGCAAGGAAGUGCAGCUGGGUCCUAGGGAACAACAGUUUGUGCUGGAAGGACUGGAACAAGGAACAAAGUACACUGUGUUUGUGAUGGCCUAUAAGGGAGAUCACCAGAGCAGAAAGACAGUCGGUACCUUCUCAACAGUUAGCUUCCUCUACCCGUACCCUGCGGACUGUGCCCAGAUGCAGCAGAAUGGAAACAUCUCCAGCGGCCUGUACACCAUUUAUCUCAAUGGCAAUGGCAGCAGGCCCAUGCAGGUGUACUGUGACAUGACCACUGAUGGAGGCGGGUGGAUAGUGUUUCAGAGGCGGAGCAGUGGUGAACUGGAUUUCUACAAACGCUGGAAAAAUUAUGUGGAAGGCUUUGGAGAUCCCACUGGGGAAUUUUGGCUUGGUCUUGACCAGCUGCACAAUCUCACAAGCAGCAGCCCCAUCCACUAUGAGCUGCGGGUGGAUCUGCGGACAGCCAACGAGUCUGCCUAUGCUGUCUAUGACUUCUUCCAGGUUGCCUCGAGCAGGGAGAGAUACAGGCUGUCCGUGGGGAAUUACAGAGGCAAUGCUGGAGAUGCAAUGACUUACCACAAUGGCUGGAAGUUCACAACGUGGGACAGAGACAAUGAUGUGGCUCUCAGCAACUGUGCUCUGACGCACCAUGGUGCGUGGUGGUACAAGAACUGCCACUUGGCCAACCUCAAUGGGAAAUAUGGGGAGAGCAAGCACAGUGAGGGAGUGAAUUGGGAGCCAUGGAAGGGCCAUGAGUUCUCCAUCCCUUUUACUGAGAUGAAGAUUCGUCCUCAGUCUUCUAGUAAUGAGUCAGUCUUGGCAAGGAAGAAGAGAUCUCUACGAGGAAAAACGAAGAAGAUCACAUUUUAAAUUGUCCUCUGUGCAUGACAGCACCUGAAGAUUAUGAUUUGGUAUUUGUUAACAAAAUUAGGUUUGGAUGACUUCCUCCACUACUUUGGAAGCAGCUGCUGACCCAGCUUGGACCCAGAAGUCUCUGAAUCUGCAGCCCAGCCUGUUUCCAGCCUUUGGAGGUCCUGCCAAAGUAAAGCCUGAGGAGACAUGCAGUAAAGGAAUGUUCACACUCCCAGGUGAUGCCCCAAAGAAGGUAAAUGUAAGGGCUACUCUCCUCCGAGCGUGUCUCACAAUCACAAACCUCUGUAUAAUCCUUGCUCAAUACAGACUGUGAAGAAAAUUCUCCAUGUGACCAUCCCAUCUGCCAGCCUCUGCUUUUUCAUUAGCAGUGUAGAUAGAUAGCGAUGUUGAAAAGGUAAUGUUUGUCAUCCAGCCCUAAAAUUAGCAUCACAGAACUAAAUGGACCUGCACACUCUCCCUUAGGCUUUUCUUUCAGGGUGUCUGGAGAUUCAGGGAGGCUCCAGUAGCUGUUUUC